CUCAAGAAUCCGUUCUGGACCUGGGUCAGCGAGAUCCACGGUCCAGGAAUGCAGCAUGAAGCCGGCUACCGGGAAGCGCGGCUCCCAGCCAGCGAUGGCACGCUGGCAGCGCUAGUUCUGCUUUCGGCGCUGAAGGGGGCGGACUUCCAGCUGCUGCCAUCCUCGUUCCGGGCCAUGGAGCACGAACUCAGCAUGCGCCCAGAUUUGCUGGGCUUGAUGGCCCUUUGCCAGGGAGUGGCCUGUGCGGUCACUGGCCCGCUCUGGGGGAAUCUGGUGGAUGCCGGCUGCUCUAGGAAGCUCCUUCUCAAGGCCUGUCGGGCGACUCAGCUUCACGGGUUUCACACCCAGUACCACUGGGGAAGCACGUUCCAGGUUGGCACAGGCCUUUGGGGGCUGUGCACCUUUCUCCUGGCGUUUACCUCCGAGCUGUGGGCGAUGCUGAUACUUCGCACCCUGAAUGGCGCGGCCUUGUCGAUGCUGCUCCCCGUGGUGCAAUCCUUCAUCGCCGACCUCACCACAUCCGAUGACGUCGGCCAGGUCUGUGGGAAGGUGUACUGUGCUGCUAACUUCGGCCAAGUGCUCGCCUGCCUCAUAGUUGUCCCCAUUUCGGAGCACUACAUCCUAGGCUUCAUGGGCUGGAGGCUCGCCCUGGCAGUGGUGGGGGCUCUGAGUUUACUGGUGGUUCUCCUCGUGGAGGUGGCGGUGGAAGAUCUGCCCACGACCUGGGACCCGAAGCGUUUCGGCCUCCUCCGCGAGUUCAAAAAGCUUGGGCAGUUCUUGCGCAUCGGCACGUUUCGGGUGAUUAUUUUGCAAGGGGUGUUUGGCACUAUCCCGGGUGCCGCACAGACUUUCACCACCAUGUACUUCCAGUACCUUUCCAUCAACAACCACAUGUGCGGGCUAAUUACCGCCAUCCGGACUGUGGGGGAGGGCAUUGGCGGCGCACUUGGAGGCUACUUGGGUGACAAGGCGAACGCUGUGAGUCCCCGCUACGGCCGGACAUGCGUGGCAAUGCUCUCUGUGACUGCCAGCACUCCCUUCUUCUACAUUGUAUACAUGGCGAUCCCUCGUGAAGCCAGCCUUGGCCUCUUCUUCGCGGGGGUGCUCUUCACCGCAGGGCUGUUGACCUGUUGGGAAGUGCCUGGGUGUCUUCAGCCAAUGGUCAUGGACAUCGUUCCCAGGCGACAUCUUUCCUCCGCCUUCUCCUGGGAUGUUGCAAUAGUCUUCGCAAGUGGCAAUACCAUGGGGCCUUUGCUCGUUGGAUUUGUGGCCCAGGAUGUCUUUGGCUACCACCAGAUGCGGGGGAGUGUCGCGGACAUGAGCAAGGAGGUGCGGGAGCACAACGCCUCUGCGCUGGGCAAGGCGCUGUUCUGGAGCUGCCUGGUGCCUUCCCUCCUUUGUGCUGCAAACUUUGCGCUGCUCUUCUGGACUUACCCAGCCGACAAAGAGCGGCACAAGGAGGAGCUCGAGGCAGAAAAAGCCGACCGCGACUCCCACGAGGCAGCCUGGCUGCUGAAGGACGAGGGCAAGCUGGAGUGCCACGCCUGACUGUGAUUCUCUUUGCGCGAUGCACGGAGCA